UACGUGUUUACCGUGGAAGAGGACGAUGGGGAGGUCUUACUUUCACUGGAACAGUGGGACAAACGAAUCGACAAGGACAAGGGCAAAAGCAACUACACCAUCGGCUGCACUGUGAUGAAAACUGAUUUAAACCGGAAGUUCCGUAUGCAUGACAGAAUGGACAGAGUGCAUUCUGGUCCGUUCUCUAACGCACGUGGUGUGUUCGCGCGUAUCAACCUGAAGUCUGGAACAUACUGUAUCAUACCUUCUACGUUUGAGCCAGGGAAGACAGGCAAAUACUUACUUCGUGUCUUCUGUACAACUGCGCCGUUGAUGAGGGAACUUGUGCAUGACAAGCCCCUUCCCCCACAGAUCUGUGGCAUUAAGGGGAUCAAGAAACCCAAGGUAGCCGCUACUCAAAUAACGAUGGUGCGAGCGGAGGCUCUAGAGGCGCAGGAUUGGGAUGGAGCCUCUGAUCCGUACUGUGUAAUAUACUGUAACAAGAAAACCCAGCGGACUAAAAGCAUUCCGGACACGGUCAACCCGGAAUGGAACGAGAGGGUGACGUUUUAUAGACAGAAGCCUGACAAAGACGUCCGCAUUGAGGUAACACUUUAUAGAACAGAUAUACGAUGGAACGAAAGGGUGAUAAUUUACGGACAGAAAUAUGGCACAACAUUCUUAUUGAGCAUAAAAAAAAUCAACAGAGAUCUGGGAAGAAACGAAAGGAUGAUUGCCUUUUUAAACUAA